CCUAAAACCCAGACCGUCCCGAUCCGCGCCCACCCCUACUUACAUCAGAGUGUUUUGCAUGGUUGGCGGGUUUAAUUUAAUAUUACGAAGGACCCCAUUAACUCCUACCCAUGAAGGCAUUCAUUGGAAUUGUUUGUGGAAUUGCAAAGAGCAUAUACGGCGACAUGACUAAUGUACGUGUAUACAACACUUAGCCUCUUUUGCCUCGCCGUGGCAUGGCUUGCUAUCCUACGCAUUGCGCACACACGCUUCGAUUUGGAAUUGCUCCCCCCGCACUUUGCUCCCCUCUUGUUGCCAAGUCUGUGAUUUCAUUGGCUAUUAUUCCUGGAAGAACGGUUUUUGCUGCUCUAUUUGGGUUUGCAGGCCCUGUCUGUUGCCACCAUGCCAUGAGGUAUUUGAAAGGGAGGCUGCCUUUGUUCAUAUUCAGAACAUUCUCCAUCUUUCUAGCUUUAGAUGUUAGGGUUUUGGGAGGGGGGGUAGAAGUAGCACUUGCUGUGAUUGAUGGCAAGGUGGUUGAUAGGUUGGUAGUGUCUGCCCAUAGUGUAGGGACCAAUGUGUUUGCUGUUAAUAAGUGCCCUGAUGUGAUGAAGCUUGAUUCUAUUAUCUGUACUAGGAUCACUGUCAAAAAUUUCCUCAGCUUCUUUGAGUCUUUCUUCCAUCUCUUUGGCUUUGGUGAAUAUGUUUCCAAAGGGGCUCUGAUGGUGUUCUCUGGCUGUGUUGUUCAGGAUUAUUGUCAUGCUGCAGAUGUUAAAAAUUUCUCCUUCAAUGGUAUGGAUGAUGAGGUCAAUGGUAGCCUGUUGUUCAAGUUUAGUUUCUGCUGUGUAAAUGGGGGUAGGUGUCCUGUCUGGAGAAUGAGUGGGGAUAGGGGUUUCAGUGUUGGGGUUCAGAGAGGGGUUUGUGGAAGGGGUGGGAGGUUUGGGUUGCGAGAAGGGGUUGAAUGGGUUGAAGGUAGGGAGUUGUUUAGUGAGGUUGAGGGAAGGGUGGGGUGGGGAAUGGCUAUGGAGUGUGUGGGGGCCGAGGGUAAAGAAAUGGCAGUAGAUGGAUUAGCACUGGUUGGUUUGGGCAUAUUUGGAGCCUGGGUUGUGCCUGGAGAUGCCCUUGCACUCUUGGCAGAAUUUGGGGACUUCUUCAUAGAUGGCAGUGAGGAAAAGAGGUUGGUCACCGUUUUGAACAACAAAUUUGUUGAUUUGUGGCUUCGAAACAUCAACUUCAACACAAAUUCUUUCUAGAGAAGGCCUCCCAAAAUUUUCAGUUGUUGCAUCAAGUUUGAUAGGAGUUCCAAAUAUUUGAGCAAUGCAUAGUAGGGACUCUUUAGCAUGAAGGUGAAUGGGCAGGUCCUGUAUGGCAAUCCAUACAGGAAGAAUAGGUGAUUCAAACUUGGGAUCAAAAUGUGGACUCCAUUUGGAGAUGGUCAUUUUGAAUGACCCCAGCAUCCAUUCCCUUCGUUUAAAACAUCUAUGAUAGUCUCCUUCAUUAGAAAAAUUCAAUAGUACAUGGGAUUUAUCAAUCAGGGUAACAGAGAAGCUAGAGACCAAUCCUCUCUAGUUGUUGUCUAAUGAAGUCCAGACUUGGUC